AUGCGCAAGCACCGCCGUGCGCGCUUCUGGCUAGCCGGUCACGGCGAGGACAUUGAGAGUGUCUACCCGACCGUGGUUCAUCGAGAUACAUGGGCCACCGAGCGUGCCAGUAGAAGCAUCAACGCAAUGAGUGAGGCCGAUUGGGUCGCUGCCUUUGCUCGCAAUAGGCGAUACGAGAAGGAGCUCUUGCCACCACCACCGCGCUUCAUCACUACUGAUCAAGGGGAAUCACGCUGCCCAUGGACAUGCCUUGUUCUCCUCGUUCUUCUGGUCUCGGGCGCCGUCCUAGCGCCUCUAAUUCUCGGCGGCCUACCUUUGCCUAGCCAAAUUCGCGGCUUCAAGCCGUCCCGCCCCACCCAUCCCACCCUCCCCUAUUCACCAUCGACUGCCAAGCUCGAUAAAUGGAUCCAGGAUGAGGCGCAGUUCGCGUAUAAACGCGUCCUCGAUAAUAUCGGCCCUGUAGCCGGCGUCCCAGACGGUGUGGUGAUCGCCAGCCCAAGUACAGGAGCAGAUGACGAGCCGGACUACUUUUACACAUGGACACGCGACGCGGCGCUGACCAUCUCCUCCCUACUGUCCCAAUUCCUCCCCGAAUCCUACCUCAUUCCCUGGGACGCGCGCUGGUCGUCCGACGCGCCACUACAACGGGCGCACAAAGCAUCCCAUCCCCUCCUGGAGGGCUUGGUACGCUCCUACGCCACGUUCCAAGCCCGGAUUCAAUCAAACCCCAAUCCGUCAGGAGACCUGUGGACUGGCGGCCUGUCUGAGCCCAAGUUUGACGUCUCAGGCUCCGCAUUCACUGGCUCAUGGGGGAGGCCACAGCGCGAUGGGCCGGCACUACGCGCCCUCGCCCUCAUCCCGUACGCCCAUUGGCUGCUGGACCGCGGAUUUCCUACUGAUCUCGCAUACGUCCGCGAGUCGCUUUAUGAUCCCGAUUCCUUACGACGUCCCGGAUCCGUUGUGAAGAACGACCUUGAGGAAGUCGCCAAUAGCUGGUACAAGGCGUCUUUUGACCUCUGGGAGGAAGUGGACGCACACCACCUUUGGACGGACGCUGUCGCGCGUCGAGCGUUGCAGGCGGGUGCAGGCCUCGCGGCCCGUUUGGGCGACAACCACGCUAGCGCGUUCUACGCCGACCAAGCUGAGCGCGUCGGUCAGCAGAUCAGGAGCUAUCAUAAUGGAGAGUGGCGGGCGACAGACCACCCUGGUCCCAGGACAGGCUUGGACGCCGCCAUCCUCCUCGCCUCACUUCACACUGGAGGGGGAAACGAAAUCGAGGACCUCGACCCAAGCCAUCCGUCCAUCCUCGACACCUUGGGCUCAUACGUCCUCUCAUUUGAAGGACUGUAUCCCCAAAAUACCGGUAACUGGACGGACGGCUGGCUCGUCGGCCGCUACGCAGAGGACAUAUACGACGGUGUGGGUUUCACAGGCGGUAAUCCAUGGUAUAUCACGACCUUUGCUGUCGCGACCACACUGUACCGAGCCCAGAGAGCGUUGGCAGAAACCGGCGAGGUAACUGAAGCGGCGAUUUGGGCCGACCUGGGGGUGCAGGGCCAAGGCCUUGAACGCUCCCUCGCCGCCCUCGGCCGAGUCGCCGACGCCUUCAUUAUCAAGGCUGCUCGCACGAUGCCGGGCGGAAGGAUGAGCGAGCAGAUUGGGCCUGAGGGGCAGCGGGGCGCGCGAGACCUCACAUGGAGUUAUGCGGCGUUUUUGGAGCUGCAGCGGGCGCGAGAGGCCGGGCGUAAGGCUUUGACCGAGGCUAGCAUUUCUAUGGACCACGCGGCCCCGCAGAAUGGGCAGCGGCCACGUCUGGCCUCCCCCGCAGCCAGCUUCUUCGCCGCCGUCAACGCUGGCCAAUCUUUCCACGGUGCUCGGCCCCCCGCUGGGGCCCCGGCGUCCAAGGCCUCAGACGAACAGCAUGAUGCAAGCCAUCACCAGCUGGGUCGCUCGCAGAGCAUGAAGAACCCGCCGCGCAGCGAUGGCCCGCUGUCGUUCGCUGCCGCUGGUGCAGGGCUCCAGUCGCCGCCCUCCUCCGAAUCGGCGUAUAUUCCGCCUGCCGCCGCUCGCCACCCACUCUUUUCCCACCAUGCCAGACCACCUCCGCCGAUGCAUCCGUGGUCACCCGCUCUGUCAUACAAGAGCGACCCAGGCCCCGUCCCCCCCAUUACGAUUGAUCCGAACUGCCCGCCCUCACCCGGGAGCACGGUGUCUAGCGCGUUUUCGCCCGCAUCCGCAUUCCUCCAGGCAUUCUCCUCAGUGUCAUCUGGGCCUUCCGAGCUCGCGUGCGACGCCCAGGGUGCACGCGUCCUAGAUUAUACCCUUGGUAAAGUGCUAGCCCGUGGAGGCUUUAGCACUGUGCGGUCUGCGACACACAUCACGACCGGCAAGGUGUUCGCGUGCAAGAUUGUUACACGCGAUGACAUCAGCGACGAGUCGGGCUCGGCCGCGCGCUUCGAGGACGAGAUCCGCAUCUGGCAGUCGCUGCCCUCACACCCUUCCAUCUUGCCCCUGAUCGAGAUGAAGCGCACCGACUACGCGACGUUUAUGAUCAUGCCCCUCUUACAGGGUAGUCUGCUCGACAUUCUUCGCAUCGAAGGAGGAAGCGAGAGCACAGCGCGCAAGUGGUUCCCCGGGUGUGUGGUGGCUGUGGCGGCACUGCACGAGGGCUUUGAAGGGUUCAGAGGUCAUAUGAUGCACGGGGACCUCAAGCUCGAGAACUUCCUGGUGGACACCGCAGGUCACGUGUACGUAGGCGACUUUGGCAUGUCGCACAUCAUCGACGACCAGCAUCCCAAGCGCGGGCCUUCGCCUGCUAACCGCCCGUCCAACCUACCCGCCCAUUUACAGGCGCGUGGGCGCUUGGUCUCUGCACCUGACUCGCCACGGAACCCUUCCGCCUCGCCCGCUCGGCGACGCGACACACUUGCCACCUCCGAGGUCAUCAAGCCAGUGAACCAGCCAUGCCCGUCCGCCUCGUUACCUUAUGCCUCCCCCGAGCUCCUGAACGCUCCCCCAUCUCGGCCUGCGCUGAGCCAGGACAUCUGGGCUCUCGGUAUCAUCCUGCACGCCCUGCUUACUGGGCGCCUGCCGUUCAACGACUCGUUCGACCCCCGACUCCAGAUGAAGAUCCUCCGCGGCAACUGGGAGGACCCCUAUGUCAGCCACGAAUGGCUGGAGGUCCUACACGGCACGCUCACACGCGACCCCACGCGACGGUGGGACAUUCGGCGCGUGUGCGAAUGUGACGCUGUGACUGGCUGGCGCGAAGUGCGUACGAAGAGUCGCUCACGCUCGCGUGCACGCAUCUCAGACCACGGACGGCGCUCCGUUAGCGACUCGCCGAUGCACCCGCACCAUGAAGGGGCGCGGCGCGGGCGCUCUCGUUCUCGCCCCUCGUCUCACAUGCGACACGAGAGCCACGAAGACCGCGGCCAGUUCCUACACACGCAGGACGGCCAUCGCUCGCGCUCGCAGAGCGGCCCGAGAAAACCUGGGACGCCCUCGCGCCCGGGCAGCAUGCGCAUGGCGCAUCCCGAGGCGCUGGCGGCCGAACUGGACGGCAUGAUGAUCACCAGGGGCCGCAGUGCCCAGCGCGAGCACAGAACGCCCGGGUCGUCAGCCGGGUCGGGCGAGCGUGCGGCUGGCACAGCGAGCCGCUCGCCCAGCUCGCGCCCCGCCCGUCCACUCAGUGGCGCAGAGCAGCGGCGCGGACGUUCGAUCGCGCGCGAGGUGGCUGUGCCCGGCACGGCCGGUUGGUGGGAGGCACAGGCCGCACACGCGCGGUACGAGGGGACACCUCCCGGCUCGGGCAUCCCUUCGGGCGUGCACAGUGGUGCUCACACGCCACCGCGGGAUGCUUCGAGCCGGCCACCGACACUCGGGUUCGAGCUGGAUGUGGUGGAUGAGAAUGCGCCGGCUCGAGGGCGUGCCGGGGCCGGUGGUCGGGGGCCUUCGAGGAGCAAAAGUCGAGGUCGGCCCGACCGAAUCUAG